AUGGCUGUGGCCGGGAAUGUUGCAACCGAUGAGAUGAAUAUUAUCACUGGCGCUCUUACCAUGGCCACCAAGACUGUCGGGGACGUUAUGACUCCACUUGCAGAUGCAUUUAUGCUCGAAUACUCUGCAAUUCUCGAUUUCAACACCAUGAAUGACAUAUUUGCACACGGCUUCACUCGAAUACCUGUUUAUGAGGGUGAUCGCCGUAACAUCAGAGCUAUCCUAAAUGUGAAGGAUCUUGCUUUCAUUAAUGUAGAAGACAACGUGCCUGUCUCCACGAUAUGCGACUUUUAUAAUAGAUCCAUUAUUAUUGUACCUUCUACAACAAACCUCGAGACUAUGCUAAAAGAGUUUAGACAGGAGCAGAAAACUAGUUAG